AUGGUGAUUAUGGGAGACUUUAAUGCUGUGAAAGGAGCCCAUGAGAGAGUAAGCAAUCGAAUGCCUGACCAGAUUUCCUGCCGGGAUUUUUGCUCCUUUAUUGAUGAGACUGGUUUCAUCGAAUCCUCCAUUGUUGGCUUGCGGUUUACUUGGUCCGGUCGCCGUUUCAUGCCGAGUCACGUGGAAUCUCUCCUUGAUCGUGCUCUUUAUUCGGACUCCUUCUCAGAUUUUUGGUUCUUGAUUUAUACGCAAAACCUGGCUAGGGUUACGUCAGACCAUUCUCUGAUUGUUUUGCAGUGCUGUUUGCCGCCGCGUGUGAACCGUCGGUUUUUCAGAUUUUUGAAUAUGUGGGCGUCUCAUCCCAAUUUUUUGAACAUGGUGGAAACUUCUUGGUCUCAGGAUAUGCAGGUCUUGUGCCCUAUUUAUCUGGUUAUGGCGAAGCUCAAACGUUUGAAGCGAGAUUUGCAAAGCUGGAACAGGAAUACGUUUGUGAUGGUUGAUGAUCUCGUGACUGCCGCCCAGAGGGAGCUAACUGAUAUUCAGUUAAAUAUUUCUUCUCAGGGAUACUCUGAUGAGCUAUUUGAUAAGGAGGUUCAAGCCCAGGCUCGAAUUAAUGUCGCUCUUUCUCAGAAGAGCUGUUUAUUGCAGCAGAAAAGUCGUGUUUCCUGGCUGAACGAUGGUGACAGAAACACGGCUUUUUUUCAUGCUUCGCUGCGCUACAAGAAAAAGCCUAGCAGAGUUCAGUCUUUGGAGAUUGAUGGAAACAUGGUUUCUGAUCAGGAUUGCAUUGGGGAUCAUAUUGUGGAGUAUUUCACGAAGCUUUUUACGGAUGAUUCUAAUUCUGAGGUUGACAUUACUGCUAUUGAGGCGGUCAUUGAACCUGUGAUUUCGGAUGAACACAAUGCCUUUCUUUCGGCGGUCCCCACUGAUGAGGAGAUCUCAGCGGCUGUCUUCGGCAUGGAUUCCAAUAGCUCCCCAGGUCCAGAUGGUUUCUCCGGAAAAUUCUUUCAGACUUGCUGGGAUAUUGUCAAGAAUGACAUUUGGAAGGCUGUUCGCACCUUCUUUCUUGGCUCUUAUCUUCCUACGGGUUGUAAUUCAAGUACGAUGGUUCUUAUUCCUAAGAAGAAAGUUGUCAUUUCGGUUUCUGACUUGCGUCCUAUCAUCCUCUCCAACUUUUUUUUCAAAAUUAUCUCUAAGGUGUUGGCGGCGAGGCUUAGUUUUGUUGCGUCAAUUUACGUCUCUCAGAAUCAGUUUGGUUUUAUUCAUGGAAGAUCUAUUCAUGACUGUAUUCUGCUGGGUUCGGAAGGUUACAAUUGUUUGCGGCGGACGGGGCGCGGUCAAAAUAUGGCUUGUAAGAUCGACAUCAGGAAAGCUUUCGACACCCUUCGUUGGGAUUUUUUACUGAAGGUUCUUAGAACCUAUGGGUUUGAUGAGAGAUUUAUUACUUGGAUUGACAUUAUUCUUCGUUCGGCUAGGUUGUCGAUUCUUUAUAAUGGUCAACUUCAUGGUUAUUUCGGUUGUACGAGAGGUGUUCGACAAGGAGAUCCUCUCUCCCCUAUUUUGUUCGGCAUUGCUGAAGACGUUCUAAGCUCUUUAUUUAGCAACUGCGUGGAUUCUGGCCAUCUUACUCCUAUGACGAUGACUCGAAAUCUUCAGUUUCCCACUCAUCUUUUUUAUGCUGAUGACAUUCUGGUGUUCUGUAAGGCUUCGGUUAGAAAUGCCAAGACGCUUAAAAAAAUUCUGGAGUACUAUAGUUGGAUGUCUGGACAGGAUUGCAGCAUUGAGAAAUCGUUUAUCUAUUUCUCUUCAAAGACUUAUGCUGUCACAAAGCGCGCGGUUUUGCGAGAUUUGGGUUUUGUUUGUGGCCGUGCUCCCUUCACUUAUCUUGGGGUGCCUAUCUUUCAUGGUCGUGGCAGAGCCUCCUACUUUCGGCCUAUACAUGAUCGGAUUAUUGCAAAAUUUUCUAGAUGGAGAGGACGUCUAUUGUCUAUGGCUGGGCGUAUCUGUUUAGUUAAAUCGGUUAUUCAGAGCUCCGUGACUCACUCUAUGAUGGUUUAUAAAUGGCCGCGGUCCUUGAUUUCUGAUCUUGACAUGAAGUGUCGUAAUUUCAUCUGGACUGGAGAUAUCAAUAUGUCUCCUUCUUGCUCGGUUAGUUGGAGCCGUGUCUGUGCUCUCAAAGAAGAAGGGGGUUUGGGUGUUCGUUCAUUUUCUCUUAUGAAUAAAUGUUUCUUGAUGAAGAUGGCUUGGAAGGUCAUUUGUGGUAAAAGCUUUGGUUUUCAAAUGCUGAAAGAUCGUUAUUUAAACCUUUAUGGCAGUGUUCGGGGUAAUUCUGUCUCUUCUUCGGUUUGGCUGGGCCUUAGAGAGGAGGUUAGUGAGCUGAUUGAUAAUUCGUACUGCUACGUUGGUGAUGGGACCACCACGAAUUUCUGGUGUGAUGAUUGGCUGGGAUACAAAAUCAAAGAUAAAUGUCGCAUACCUCAUUUUGUGACGGAGAUUCUUGGUCAAUCUGUGGCUGAUUAUUUUUAUGAUGGCAUAUGGCACUUUACACAGGAUUUUGUUAAUCUUUAUCCGGAGAUUGUGAUUGAUAUUUUGCUUCUUCCUGUUGGCGAUGAUAACGAUACCCGGUUUUGGAAACCUUCUCUACAUGGCGCGGUGACUGCAGCUCUUGCUUUCUCAAAUAACUGCCACAGGUUUCCUAGGGUUAGUUGGGGAUCUUGGAUUUGGAGGCCCUACAUUCCUGUGCGUCGCUCGCUUAUCUGCUGGAGAGUGCUUCAUAGUCGACUUCCUACUUAUGAUCGCCUGAUCCGUCAUGGUAUGAUUACUCCCAAUUUUUGUACCUUCUGUUUUGCUGCUAAUGAAACCAUGGACCAUAUCUUGUGGUCGUGUAUUCAUGUUCAGCCAAUCUGGCUGGAAUUUCUCAGUUGGUUUCAAUUUCCAGAUGCUAUGGUUAUCUCUGACAUUCACAGCUUUUUAGUCCGUGCUUGGAAUCAUAAGUUGAGUUCUCAGUUGGAUUGUUACUGGAGAGCGGGGAUUAUCGGUGUUUUAUGGGCUAUUUGGUCUCAUCGGAACUCUUGCAUUUUUUACAAUGCGAGUUUUGAUCACAGACAGAUCAUUAGGAUUAUAAAGGUUUCUUUCAAAGAAAUCGAGAAUACCUUUAAACUUGGGCAUAUGGAUAAUUCUUGGAAAGAAUACACUAUUCUUCGUGCGAUUGGGGUAGCGUCGCGCGCUGCUCCUCCGAUGGAUUUUUUAUCAGUUCUUUGGUGGCCCCCAGUCUCCCCCUGGAUCAAAGUUAAUACGGAUGGUUCUGCAAUGGGAUCUCCUGGAAAUAUUGCUGCUGGUGCCAAACUCCUCGCCGUCAUCAAAGCUAUCUUCAUCGCUCAUGAUCGGGGUUGGCAUCACUUAUGGGUCGAGUCGGACUCCACGUAUAUUGUCCAUCUACUUUCGGAGAGAUCUACGGCGGUUCCUUGGCGGUUUGCGGCCUCAUGGAACAAAAUUCUGAGCAUUCUUCCUGAGUUCUAUCUUCAAGUUACUCACAUUUAUAGAGAAGGAAAUAAACCCGCUGACAUUAUGGCUAACUAUGCAAGAGACGAAGGGUGGUGGCCGUAUGCCAUUGACGAUAUUAAGACAGCUAACUACGUCCUGGCUGCUCUGGACUUUUUCAGAACUGAAUCGGGAGCUCAGUUCGGCGUCUUCUGGUGGGGUUCUCGGCUGCUUUGGUGCGAAUGCUGUGGGAGUUCUCACAUUCUCCUCAGGUGCGAAACAGAUCGGGCGAUGGGUGUGCUGAGAAUUGGCAUUGGAGGUGCUCGUUUGAUGCUUUUGUCGGCUUUAGUUGCUGCUUGGGAUAUGUCUAAUGUCAGGUUUUUUGUCGAACAUAUGGUUCGUGGUGUUGCUGGAUCUUUUCGGCAACUUGGUGCUGCGGCGCUCCACAGGCUGUUCUUGACUCCGGCGAUGGCGUCUUACCAGCCGGGAGUUGCUUUUGGAAUCGCUUGA